UUUGUAAGAAACAAACAGGCGUAAAGUUAUACGUCUUCCGAAUAUGAAUAACGCUGAUAUUAUUAGCGUUCGUACAAACAACCAACUGCAACAAACAUCGAAUUUCUAGUGGUUUAAUCAUUAUCCCAGGUGUCGUUGGAACCAAUCCGUUAGCGAGAGAACGGUGUUUGCUAUACUUGUUAAGUUGUUUUAUUCGUUGUGGAAGGUGAUAUUUCUGAUGAAACGGGAUGAACACAUGGGACGUCAAAAAACUGAUACUUCAGCUAAGAGUGGGACAAAACGGGGUGAGAAGAAUAUUGUCAAGCCAGCACACCAGAAAGACAGACAGAGCAAGUUUCAUGACUCGUAUCUGGCCGAUGAUGAGAACUUUGCCAGUUUUAAUAAUCAGUUAGCAGUGAUGAACCUUAGCUUAAGGGAAAUCCCAGGAGAUGGUAACUGCUUGUUUAGAGCACUUGGUGAUCAACUUGAAGGACACACACGAAAUCACCUUGUUCAUCGUCAAAAUGUGGUGGACUACAUGAAAAAUCACCGACAGGACUUUGAACCUUUUGUCGAAGAUGAUGUACCGUUUGAUAGGCAUUUGUGCAACCUUUCAGAAUCGGGAACUCAUGCAGGAAAUGAUGCCAUUGUUGCAUUUGCUCGCUUUCACGAAGUAGUUGUUGUGAUUCACCAGCUUAAUUCACCUCUUUGGCAG